AUGGGUUGUUCUUUAGGAAAACAGGCAAAAAAAGAAGCUGAGGAGGAGAAUCUAGUGGAUAAACCAGCUGAAAAAAACGAGGAAAAUGUUUUAUUUGAACGUCCAGCAGCCAGUGGAGAAAAUGCUCAGGAGCCACUUCUUCCUGAGGAUGCUGCAGAGGUGGCUAAAGAAGCAACUCCAGAUACCAAAAUUGACAACACAGAACUGGACAUUCUGAAGGAUGUAGCCAAAGUGGAUGAGUCACUGACUGCUGAAGUGACUAAAGCUAUGGAGGCAGCAACUGAAAAAAUAGAAGCUCCCCACUCUAUAACAGCUGAGGCUAAAACUACUAUCCCUGAAGUAACCACAGAGGGACAAACUACCUUGCAACAAAUUGAAAAGAAAGAUGAUGAAGACUUUGUCAUGGUUGAGAAGAAGGAUAUUAGUGAUGACAUUAAAGCAACUGCCAUGGAAGUUGCAUCUGAAGUGGUCAAAUCAGUAACUGAAGAAUGCAAGACCAUGAUCACUAAAGAGGUGAGCAAAGUUUCAAGUAGUACUUCUGAAAAAGUGAGUAAACUGAGCAGUGGUGCCACUGAAACUAUUAAUAAAAUCAGUGGAGAUGUUUCUGAGACUGUUACGAAAUACACAAGCAGUGCCAGUGAAUCAGUCAGCAAACUGAGCUGCAGUAGUACCCAGGAAUAUAAAAGUGUGGUCACUUCAUCUGUGAGCAAGUUUAUGGAUUCUCAGGGCAAUGAAAUUGAAUCAACUCCUAUUGUUGAAGUGAAAGAAGAUGUUGUUACUGAAAUGAAAGAGAAAUCUGAGCAGUCCAGUAAAACUGUUGAAGAGAUUGUUAAUGAUGUGAAGCCUUCUACUGAAUCUGCCCCUGAAGCUGAAAAAGAAGAGAAAGAAGUCACUAUUGUUCAGGCAGUGUCCCAGAAAGUUACUGAAGGUGCAGCUGAUUUAUCUGAAAAGAUUGAAGAUAUUGUGAUCCCUGCUGUUGAAGAGAGCAUUUCUAAGGUCAUUACAACUGUCAAAGAAUCUGUGCCAAGCUCUUUAUUGGAUGAAGCCAUUCCAGCCACUGUAGAACAAGUUGAGACAGAUGUACCUGAUGUUGCUACUUCCAUUGAAGCUGAUCUUACUGAAACAAGUGUGGACAGUGGGAAAAUUGUGGAAACUGAUGUAACUGAAACUAGUGUUGAUGCAAUCACUGUUCCAUCAAGUGAUCUUCAAGAAACUAGUGUAGAUAGUGGAGCUGUGCAAGAAGCUAUUACUGAAACCAGUGUUGAUAGUCUCCUUGAAUCUUCAAAGGACCACUUUCCUCCUCCGCCUGCUUUGGAAGCAAAAGAGAAUGUUGUGGAGGUUGUUGAAAAAGCAGAAGAUAUUUUCAAGAGUGAACAUGAAAAGCAAGUUGAGGCUAGCCAAAUCUUAGCAGCUGAUCUUAUGACUGCUGAGGUCCCCUCUGCACUACCUUCCCCCAAGGGUGCAUAUGAGGAAGACAUGCUAUUGCCAACUGAGUCUGUUGAAAUUUUUACAAAAAAAAGUAAAGAAGAAAUAACAGUUGUUAAAGAACCUAUUGUAGAAGAAAUAAAACAAGAGAUUCCUUUGCCUGUAGCUCCCAUCACUGAAGAGGUAGAUGAAGUUAGUGAUAAUAUUGUUGAAAAUAUUCAAGAACAACUAAAAGAAGAGAUUGAACAAGAGAGAGAAUCAUUACCUGAGGAUGUAGCAGUACAAGAAGUUGUACAAGAAACCAAACCAGAAGCAGUGGAGGAGAUUGAUCAAAGUGAGACUGAACCAGAAGUAGUGCAGGAGACUGAAUUAAAAGAGACUGUGCCGGAAGUGAUACAAGAUAUUGAAAAAGAUGAAACGGAUGCAGAAGUGGUUCAGGAGAUUGAGCAAGAAAAGACUGAGCCUGAAGCAGUACAGGAUGUUGGUCAAGAGACUAAACAAGUAGUAGUACAGGAGAUUGUGCAAGAAGAGACUGAACGGGAAGUAGCACAGGAGAUUAAGCAAGAAAAGAUUGAAUCAGAAAUACAAGAAAUUGAGCAAGAAAAGUUUGAACCAGAAGUACAGGAGAUUGAACAAUUAAAAACUGAACCAGAAGUACAGGAGAUUGAACAAUUAAAAACUGAACCAGAAGUACAAGAGAUUGAUCAAGAAAAGAUUGAACCAGAAGUACAGGAGAUUGAACAAGUAAAAACUGAACCAGAAGUACAAGAGAUUGAACAAUUAAAAACUGAACCAGAAGUACAGGAGGAGAGUGAGCAAGAAAACAUUGAACCAGUAGUAGUUCAGGAUAUUGGAAAAGGAGAGCCUGAAUCAGAAGUGUUACAGGAGAUUGAAAAAAGGCUUGAACAACAAGCAGAAGAACCAGUAGUACAAAACUUCAGUGACGAAAAAGAACUAUGUGAGAUACCAACAAAAGCAGUUAUUGCAGUUGAAAGUGAAGAGGUCAUAGAUUCCAAGGUUGAAAAUGAUAGCAUUCUAGCUGAGGCAUCUACUCUCCCUACCUUUACAAGUGAAAGUUUAGAGCAUACUGAAAGUGCUGCUGAUGAGGCAGUAACAUCAACACCUGAAGUUACAUUUGAGGAAACUGAAACGCAAGAAGUAAUCAACAACAGCCAAGAAGAGAAAGUUGAAAUUUCAGAUGUGAAUGUACCCGUUAUUGAAAACAACGAAUCCAUUGAAAAUCUUGAGAAUGAAAAUGUUUCAAAUGGACCGGGGCAAAUAGACUUUACUGGUUCCAUUGAACAAGUGCCUACUACUGCUGCCAACAUUGUAGAAUCUGUUUUAGAUAGUGUUAAGUCUGAAAUUGCUGCUGUAAUGGAGGAGUUACCUGUGCAGAAAUCUGCAGUUGUCUCUGAAAAUGAUGUGGACAAUGAGUCCAAUAUGCUUAGUUUUUCACAGGAUAUACAGUCACUUCCUAAUGGAGAAAAUCAGGUCCAAACACUGGAAGGUAUGCCGUAG